AUGGGUAAAGCCAAAAAAACCAGAAAGUUUGGUCUUGUGAAACGGACUUUGAACGCUAAAAAAGAUGCCCGUCUUCAAGCUAACCGGGUCAAGACAGCCGGGAAAGAUGACAACGAACUGACCAAACAUGUUCCUCAGGUGUCAAGUGCUUUAUUUUUCCAGUAUAACCAGGCCAUUAAGCCACCUUAUCAGGUGCUGAUAGAUACAAAUUUCAUCAAUUUCUCGAUCCAAAAGAAAAUAGAUCUGGUAAGAGGUAUGAUGGAUGCGCUGCUGGCUAAGUGUGUACCUUUGAUCACAGAUUGCGUUAUGGCAGAACUGGAGAAACUGGGUCCCAAGUACAGAAUUGCAUUGAAGCUGGCACGCGACCCGCGAAUUCAAAGACUGAGCUGCAGCCACAAGGGCACCUACGCCGAUGAUUGUAUUGUAAAUCGUGUGUUACAGCACAAAUGUUAUAUUGUGGCCACCAACGAUGCUGGGCUGAAACAGCGGGUUCGUAAAGUUCCAGGAAUACCGCUCAUGAGCGUUGGCGGACAUGCAUACGUGGUUGAAAAGCUGCCGGACGUUUUCUAG